AUGGUCAAGCAUAUCCCACCUGCCAUCAAGCAGCUUUUGACCUUGCGAAAUCCUGAAGCGUGGCCAAGUCCGCCUAUCGAGCGACUCCACCGCGUUUUUGCACGUACCCUGAACGAGGCCAAGCAGCUGAACGCCGAAACCGGCUGGCUUGUUCUAUCGACAUGCACACUCCUUACCACCAACCGCCCCUCGGCUGUGGGUUACUUGUAUCGAUUCGCUACUAGAGGGGAUCCGGGCUCGGCUGAAACACGUCGCAACUUGGAGGAUGCCAUCAGCAGAGCUGCCGUCAUGCGGGAGGCAGCACUGAAGAGUGUCAUCUUCGUUGGCGUACCACGGACGAUCUUGUCAUUAGCGAGCUUGAGAGAGGCAGUCGAAGACGAUGUGUAUGCUGCACUGCGGAAGCAUGUCAUCAGGUAUGCGCGCCCACAGAACAUCGAGGCCACCAUCGAAAGGGGUAUGGCCUUGUGGAAGUCAAUCUAUGAUCCUCAUGCCGUCAAGUUGCACAACAAAUUAGGGGACCUUCAUCCGGAUUUCAUUGCGUUCAUCAUUCAGGCGUACGGCACGGUCCUGUCCCCUCUGCCGCGAGGGCAGCUAGAACAAGGUAAUCUGACUCGGGCAUUGGGUUCGGUUGUCGGGAUCGCGACCCUCCGUGCACAAGGAAGAGUUGGUCCCCAGCUCACCAGCCAUGUAUUUGGGCUCUUGAAGGCUCGAUACGAAAAGGACUUGAACGAGGAGGACAAGUUUCUCUCUAGUGACGAGGGUACAGAAUGGGUCAUACGCAAAGUGGACGAGAUCGUCGACGCCGUAACUGCGGACAUGCAGGACACCCAGGCGAGGGUAAAGCUGUAG